AAGCUGAGUCGAGCAGACAUCAUUCCUCUCUCAGCGUCUUCACACCGUACACUCGAAGACAAGGAGCUAAGAAAAUAAAUAACACAUCAUAACCACAAACGGGAUUAUAAUUAUUCUAAUUAAUCAAAGAAAUUAAAAGCAACAAUGGCCGAUACAGCUGUGGACAAGACCGCUACCGCUGAAGUUACAGCCAAGGAGCUGAAAGAGAAGAAAGAAGUAGAAGUGGAGAAGAAGGAGAAAAAGGAGGAGACGAAGGAGGAGACGAAGACAGACAAGCCGGACGCACCUGCCAAUGGCACAAAUGGUGCUGAUCACAGUGACAAAGUGGAAGAGCCUGCAGAGGAGGAGGAACACAAGAAUGGAGAUGGUGAUGCAGAGGAGGCGCCCCCUGCUGAGGAGACUGAUGCACAGCCAGAGAAGCGUGCAGCAGAGGAAGAGGAGGAGGAGGAAAAGGUGGAUGUAAAGAAACAGAAGACGGAGGAAAAUGGAGAUUCGAAAGAGGCAGAAGUGGUGGAGGCCUAGCUCUCCGCUCGACUUGUUUGCAGCACUGUCUUAACCAGCCUGGUCACCAUCGUGUUGUAGAGCUUGUGCUUUCUGAAUCUUGAUCUGCGAGAGAUUUCUUUUUUUGUUUGCUCCCAUGUUAUCACAUUGCACUGGAGUCCUGAAACAUAGUGGCCCUGCAUCCUUUUUUAUGAAAUGUUAUUUAUUGGUCUUUAAAAUGAGCUUUUUUUCUACUUGUACAAAUUGGGCCACACCAUGAGAUCAGUUUUUUUUUUCAAGGUUUUAUAUCAGUAUGUUAGAAGCACAACCUCUAUGUCAGUGCUGACCAGAUGAUUCAUAAAUACAGGCAGCUGCUCACCUCCUCCAAGGCUCAUGUUGACCUCUCAGAUUCACUUAAAGGACCAAAGAUAAGUUUUAAGCAGGGGCUAAUGGACAGUUGUUUGCAUUAUUAGUUGAGGCCUAAUGUUUUUGAGUUGAGCUGCUAGUUAAUCCUUGGCUUGGCUGCCCCAUUAGCAUAACAGAUGGUGCAAAUGAAUAAAGGGGUCUUGCUCCUCCAUGAUAAGGCAGCUCGACAGUUCUAUGGAAGCAGGAUUUUUGAAAUGUUUAUUAACCCCUCUUAAACCUUAAUGCUUUGGUCAUUUGUUCUGUAUGCAUUCCACGCAAGUUUGUACCAUUUAUUCUUUGUUUUUCAUGUUUUCAAUGAGUUAUGUUAUGGCUGGGUAACCCAGUUUUUCUGUCCAAGAUGACCUUUUUCAGACCCAGAAUGACAUCCGGUUACUUCAGCCACUGCUUUGUAUAUUCUGAUAAACAAAUAAAUUGUCUUUUUACUUAA